AAACUUGGGAGAGGGACCAUCUUCGAGUCUUCUUCACCAGAGCGCCUGCUGGUCCUGGCAUGAUGAGCUGGCUGGUCUGCUUCCUGCUACUGUGCUCCCCAGCUGUGGCCCAGUUGCACAGAGACCCCACGCUGGACGGCCACUGGACUCUCUGGAAGAAAAUCUAUGGCAAAGAAUACAGAGAAAAGAAUGAGGAAGAAACGCGGCGGCUAAUCUGGGAGAAAAAUCUGAAAUACGUGACAAUUCAUAAUCUGGAACAUUCGAUGGGAAUGCAUUCGCAUGACCUUACCAUGAACAACCUGGCAGAUAUGACCAGUGAAGAAGUGUUGUCCUUGAUGGGUUCUUUGAGAGUUCCCAGCCAGUGGCAGAGAAACGUGACUUACAAGGCAGCUCCUAACCAGAAACUACCUGAUUCCGUGGACUGGAGAGAUCAGGGAUGUGUCACUGAAGUGAAGUACCAGGGCGCAUGUGGGGCCUGCUGGGCCUUUAGCGCCGUGGGGGCCUUGGAAGCGCAGCUGAAGCUGAAAACAGGAAAACUGGUGUCGCUCAGUGCACAGAAUCUGGUGGAUUGCUCCAAGAACGAAAAGUAUGACAAUAAAGGUUGCAACGGUGGCUUCAUGACCCAGGCUUUCCAGUACAUCAUUGACAACAAUGGGAUCGACUCUGACAUUUCCUAUCCCUACAAAGCCAUGGAUGGAACGUGCCAGUAUGAUGUAAAAAAUCGAGCUGCUACGUGUUCAAAAUACGUUGAACUCCCCUAUGGCGAUGAAGAAAGCUUGAAAGAAGCAGUCGCCAAUAAAGGGCCUGUGUCUGUUGCUAUCGAUGCAAGUCAUCCUUCCUUCUUCCUCUACAGAAGCGGUGUCUACUUUGAUGCAGCCUGCACUGAUAAAGUGAACCACGGUGUACUCGUGAUCGGCUACGGUAACCUGGAUGGGAAAGAUUACUGGCUGGUAAAAAACAGCUGGGGCCUCAACUUUGGUGACCAAGGAUAUAUUCGGAUGGCAAGAAAUAGUGGAAAUCAUUGUGGGAUUGCUAGCUACCCUUCUUACCCAGAAAUCUAGAAGAUCACUUCAUUUUGCAGCAGGCCAUGAAGAACAAAACACCGCCUCAGGUUAAUUUUACCUGCCGUAAUCACUAGAAAUAAGUGGACUGUAUCUCCUUACUGUACUACAAAAUAAAGUUUAACUUUUGUAUUUCUUGAUUUUGUAGAUCUUGGGGGGGGGGAUGACACAGACUAAGUGAACGAAAAAUGUGCUAUUGACAUAACUGCAUGAGAAAUGAUAAGCCCAAAGAAAUCUGUCGUGUUUAUCAUUGUCAAUUUUUGCAUUCUAUCUGUUAAAGUCACCUGAUAUCAUUUUUAACUUGAUAAUCAUUAAUAAACAGUUCUUUUGAAUCAUUA